GUGACGUAAUUCCGCUCCGCUUCCGGCUUUUCAGCGAGCCAGUUGCCAGAAACCAAGAUGGAGGAAACGAGCGAAAAUCACGGGGAUUCACCGGCUAAUGGAGGCGGCGAUACAGCGAGCGAGUCUGUCCUGGCACCGGCACUGUCACCGGCGACCGAGGAGCCGCCGUGCGAAACGAAACGUAAAAUUGAUGUCCUGCUGAAGGCCGUUGGGGAUACCCCAAUAAUGAAGAGUAAGAAGUGGACUAUAGAGAGGACUCGGACGGUGCAAGGUCUUAUGGACUUCAUCAAGAAGUACCUGAAGUUGGACGCAUCGGAACAGAUGUUUAUCUAUAUCAAUCAGUCGUUUGCUCCAUCACCGGACCAAGAAGUAGGAAUUCUAUAUGAGUGCUUUGGCAGCGACGGAAAGCUCGUUUUACAUUACUGUAAAUCACAAGCUUGGGGUUGAAGAACGGCCAGCGCUUUCUCUUCUUUUUUUAUUGCUUCUGAUUCUAGAAGACAUUUAUGGAUGUGUUGCCUUAAUGUAG